GAAGCCGAUUGCACAGCUGGGGGCCGGCUUUGUGGCACAGCAGGUUAAGCUGCUGCCUGUACACCUGCAACUCGUGUAAGUGCAGGUUCGAGUCCCGGCUGCUCCACUUCCGAUCCAGCUCCCUGCUAUGGCCUGGGAAAGCAGUGGAAGAUGGUCUGAGUCCUUGGGCCCCUGUCCCCCACAUGGGAGACCCGGGUGGGGUUCCAAACUUGUGGCUUCAGCCUGGCUUUUCGAAUAAAUAAAAUAAAUCUUUAAAAAAAAAAAAAAAGGCACAGUCGGCAAGAGGGUGUGCGGCCGCUCCAUGUGCUGGAACAGGACCAGAGCAGGUGACUUCCCACCAGGUGGGUGGAGGCAUGAGUUCAUCCCAGAAGGCAGGACUGUGCCGGCCGCCUUCGGAGCCAUGGGGACCGGGCUGCGCAGCCAGUCCUUGCGAGGGCCCCGGCCCUCCUACGGGAAGCUCCAGGAUCCACGGGGGAGACCCCUGGAAGGCAGACCCCGGCGAGCACUGAGCCUCAGACAGGAGCGGGACAAGCCCAGGGCCCAGGGCCCCGAGGGAGACACGGAAGGGCUGAACGUCCCCGCUCAGGAGUGGCUGCCCGGGGCCCUGGGGGACACAGAGCAGCUGAUCCAAGAGCGACGUGGCAGCGGCGGGCGGUGGCUGAGGCACUGUGGACAGCAGGUGAAGAGAAGGUGGGACAGCCUUGUCGCCAGCUUCCCCAGCGUCACCCUGAGUCGGUCGGCCUCCCCGGAGCCACCGCUGGGCACCGCCAGCUAAGCCUGCUGGAAGCCACGGAGCCCGGCCCUGAAUACCACGGUGCCCCUGGGCUCUGUGCUUCUCGGCCUCCCUCCGUGGCUGCUCCAGCCUCCCUCCGUGGCUGCUCCUCACGUGGCCUGCGCAGGCCUUGCCACUGGCUCCUCUGAGCCCCGGCCCGGCCUGUUGACUCUGGCCUCCUAUCUGAAGGCUGAACCCCACCCCGCCACCCCGGGCCGAGGAGAGGGGCUCAGCUCUCUGCCCUCUGGGCUCGGGACCCCUGGACUACGAUGUAUAUGAGCUCCUGGAAGCCUGCUCAGAUGUGCGGGUGCCCACCUCGCCGCACGCAAGACGAACCGUCGCAUUAAGCACACAGCCGUGUGAAGCCAGACCCGUGGCCGAGAGGCUCCGGCCAGCCAGCUGGUGGACUUGCCCCAUGGUCUCCGCUACUGCUGAGCGCUUUGUGACAGAAGGGCCCAGGCCUGUGUGUUGUCACCU